AUGGAUCACCUGCUGCUGCUGCUCCUGCUGUGGAGCUCAGAGCCUGAUGAGGUCAGGUUGGUGGGAGGAGCCAGUCGCUGUGCAGGUACACUGGAGGUGAAACACCUGGGAGAAUGGAGACCAGUCAUUGGCUCUCUGUGGACCCUGAAGAAAGCAGCUGUUGUCUGUGAACAUCUGGACUGUGGCUCUGCUGCUUCUGUACGAGAGAGAAAGAAGACCUCCGACACAGCUGUGUGGAAAAUCAGUCCUAACUGUGUUCAGUCUGAACCUGAUAUGAAGAAGUGUGCAAAAUCACAGAACUCGUCCUCGAGUCUGGAUAUCAUCUGUUCAGACUCUGUCAGGCUGCUGAAUGGUUCCAGUCUGUGUUCAGGCAGACUGCAGGUGAAGUCUAACCAGAGAUGGUCCUCAGUGUGUGAAGAUGACUUUGACCUGCAGGAUGCAGAGGUGGUCUGUAGGGAGCUUGGCUGUGGGCCUCCUUCGCUCCUCCAGGGGGCGCUCUAUGGAGAAGUGGAGGCUCCAGUGUGGAGCAGAGAGUUCCAGUGUGGAGGCCAUGAGUCUGCUCUCCUGGACUGUAGAAGCUCAGGCUCAGCUAGAAGCAGCUGCUCACCUGGCAAAGCUGUUGGACUCACCUGCUCAGAGCCUGUCAGGUUGGUGGGAGGAGCCAGUCGCUGUGGAGGUACACUGGAGGUGAACCUUGGAGAAUGGAGACCAGUGGAUGGGUAUGACUGGACCCUGAAGGAAGCAGCUGUUGUCUGUGAACAUCUGGACUGUGGCUCUGCAGUUUCUGUAGGAGAGAGAAAGUCCUCAAAGAGAUCUGUGUGGGAGAUCAAACCUGACUGUGUUCAGUCUGGAGCUGCUCUGAGGGAGUGUGCACUAUUAUAUCAUAGUGACAAAAUCAGUCCCUUUAAGCUUGGUCCGACUCACAUCCUGGAUCUCAUCUGUUCAGACUCUGUCAGGCUGCUGAAUGGUUCCAGUCUGUGUUCAGGCAGACUGCAGGUGAAGUCUAACCAGAGAUGGUCCUCAGUGUGUGAAGAUGACUUUGACUUGCAGGAUGCAGAGGUGGUCUGUAGGGAGCUUGGCUGUGGGCCUCCUUCGCUCCUCCAGGGGGCGCUCUAUGGAGAAGUGGAGGCUCCAGUGUGGAGCAGAGAGUUCCAAUGUGGAGGCCAUGAGUCUGCUCUCCUGGACUGUAGAAGCUCAGGCUCAGCUAGAAGCAGCUGCUCACCUGGCAACGCUGCUGGACUCACCUGCUCAGAGCCUGUCAGGUUGGUGGGAGGAGCCAGUCGCUGUGGAGGUACACUGGAGGUGAAACACCUGGGAGAAUGGAGACGAGUGAUUGGCUCUGAUUGGACCCUGAAGGAAGCAGCUGUUGUCUGUGAACAUCUGGACUGUGGCUCUGCUGUUUAUGUAGGAGAGAGAGAGGAGUCCUCAGACAGAUCCAUGUGGGAGAUCAGACCAGACUGUGUUCAGUCUGGAGCUGCUCUGAGGGAGUGUGCAACAUCAGCUCUCACUUCCUCCAUCUUGGAUCUCACCUGCUCUGACUCUGUCAGGCUGCUGAAUGGUUCCAGUCUGUGUUCAGGCAGACUGCAGGUGAAGUCUAACCAGAGAUGGUCCUCAGUGUGUGAAGAUGACUUUGACUUGCAGGAUGCAGAGGUGGUCUGUAGGGAGCUUGGCUGUGGGCCUCCUUCGCUCCUCCAGGGGGCGCUCUAUGGAGAAGUGGAGGCUCCAGUGUGGAGCAGAGAGUUCGAAUGUGGAGGCCAUGAGUCUGCUCUCCUGGACUGUAGAAGCUCAGGCUCAGCUAGAAGCAGCUGCUCACCUGGCAAAGCUGCUGGACUCACCUGCUCAGCGCUUGUUGAUGUCAAGUUGGUGGGAGGAGCCAGUCGCUGUGGAGGUACACUGGAGGUGAAACACCUGGGAGAAUGGAGACCAGUGGAUGGGUAUGACUGGACCCUGAAGGAAGCAGCUGUUGUCUGUGAACAUCUGGACUGUGGCUCUGCAGUUUAUGUAGGAGAGAGAGAGGAGUCCUCAGACAGAUCCACGUGGGAGAUCAGACCGGACUGUGUUCAGUCUGGAGCUGCUCUGAGGGAGUGUGCAACAUCCUUUAUAUCCGUCUCCACCCUUGAUGUCACCUGCUCAGACCUGCUCGUUCAGCCAAUCAUCUCUGUGUCCUCCUCCAUGGACGGGGUCUCCCAGGCCCAGCAGCAGGGGCUUCAGGUGUUUAGGGGCUCCAGCUUCAGCAUCAGCUGCUCCACUCAGCCACAGUACCCAGGAGGCUUCUUCCAGCUCACCUUCACCUCCUGCAACACAUCGUACAACUACAUCCAGCCAGCUGUCAAUCAUUCUUCACACUUCCUGUUUCCUGUCACAAAGCCCGACCACCAAGGAAACUACAGCUGUGUUUAUCACGUCUACGUUUUCUCCCAUAACUUCUCCUCUGAAAGCCGUCGGCUGUCUGUGUCUGUCUCAGAUCAUCCAGAUCCCACAGGCUUUAACAUCAGAGCGCUCGUCCUGCCGCUGAUCCUGCUGUUGGAGAACGUUGUCCUGUAUUUCUACUGUAAGGCCAGCAGGGGGCAGAAGCUGGGCAGACGGGAGAACAACAAGCACCACAUCACCAACAAGUGGUAUACAGCUACCUGUUGUUAG